UUGAAAUUUAUCCAUUAAUAUCAUUUUUCCAAGUACUGCGUUAUCUUCUAUUUCACUCCUUCAACAUGCAGAGGCGUUUCCGGCAACUAUUUACGUCUCUCAAAGAGCACGGCUGUGUAGCCAACGCAAAGAUCGCCACCAUCGGAGGAUUCUGUGACCUCGACCUCUUAAUCAUAAAAGCAACUUCCCCUGAUGACUUGCCAUUGCCGGAUAGGUAUGUCCACGAGCUCUUGAAGAUCUUCUCCGUCUCACCCUCUUCGUUUCGCGACUUUUCUCUCAGCUUCACUCGCAGGUUUGGCAAGACAAAUUGCUGGAGAGUUGCACUCAAAUGUCUAGUUCUCCUCCACCGUUUACUCCGGUCACUGCCUGAUAAAACCCCAUUAAGAACCGAGCUCCUAUGGACUCGAUCCAACGGAUUGCUCUCCCUCUACCCAUGUCAUUUCCGCGACACAUCCUCCUCAGCUUCCGAAGAUUACAACACUUUCAUCAGAUCAUAUGCUCAGCUCCUCGACGAAGCCCUAGACUGCUUCUCCAUUAAAGAAACAUCCGAAGAACAAGAACAAGAAGAGAAAUUGCUCGAGAGCUUACCGGACAAGAUGAAAAAGGUGGGAUGUUUGCUUGAAGUGCUGCCACAGCUUCAGAGCCUAAUAGACCGAGUCAUGGAUUGCCGUCCCACCGGUGCAGCUGCUAGAAACUUCGUGGUUCGAUCGGCCAUGAAACAUAUCAUUCGCGACAGUUUUGUGUGUUACACAACAUUUCGAAAGGAGGUGGUGGUGGUGCUGGACAAUCUGAUUCAGAUGCCAUACCAGAGUUGUGUUGCAGCUUUCGGUAUCUACAAGAAAGCAGCUCUUCAAGCAAGUCAGCUAUGUGAGUUCUAUGAUUGGUGCAAGUCAAUGGUGUUGUGUGGAUCAUAUGAAUAUCCCUUCAUAGAUCGAAUCCCGCAUAUACAAAUCCGAGCUCUUGAAACUUUUCUCAGUGGAAUGUGGCAGCUAACGGAGUCAUCUUCGUCCACCACGGUGUCGCCUUUGACGUCGUCCAUGACCGAGUCUCCACCGGUUGAUGAGAGCGAAAAGCAACUCGUGAAAUCUCCACCGGUUGAUGAGAGCGGAAAGCAACUCGUGAAAUCGGAGAAUGUAUGUAGUGACUUGGCAAGGUUGGAAGAAAAUGAUUUCCCAGGAAAAAUGGUGCAAAGUGAAGAAGAGAAACCAUUAAUUGAGUGGGAGGAAGAGAGUGAAAAUCUUAGUUGGGAGGCCCUUCUAGAAGCUUCCGCUAGUCCCUCAUGUGUAGCUUCUAGAAACUUCUUUGUCCAUCCUAAUGGGAACGGAUACGGGUACAGAUACGAAUACGGAUACGAAAAUGGCACAGGACAUGGUCAUGAAAAUGAGGUAAAUCAAUGGCAGAUGCAAGUGUACAGUCCUAAUGCCCAAAAUCCCUUCUAUCAGCCACAGCAUCAGCCAAAAAACAUGUCCCGUUACUAUGGAUAAUACCCUUGUAGGCCUAAUUAUUCGUGGGGAUUUUGAUUCUGGGGAGAUCCUUUGAUCACAACACUAUUAAUUAAUUAAUUUUUUUUUCUUUUUUUUUUUUUUUUCCUUCGUUGGGUAAACAACACACUCACACACUACAUUGCCUCAUGUGGGACUCGAACCAUUCACCUCUCUGUUGAGCAGGUAAUCAAGCUCAUGUGAAUAUGUUGUUCAAAGUUGGGCUAAUAUUUAUGCACGUAUUCA